UAUAUGUAUCAGUUGUCGGCUGUGGCCACGAACGAAGACGGAGAGUCGCGUUCAGUUAUAAGCGAGCUGGCUUCGAGGGCGGUGCUAAGAGUGUCGUGGUCGCUAAAGCGGAAAAACAACUCCAGAUCGGAAAACCAAGCCGCAACAGAUGACGCUGAGGAGCGGAUAUAGUGGGGAAGCACCGCAGCUGUGGCUGCUCCUCCUCCUGGCCAGCAUUGCGGGCAGCUUGUGGGCUUCGGUGGCCGCCAGGACAGGACCCCUGCACGACAAGGUGGUUGUUUGCUACGUUUCCACGUGGGCUGUGUACCGGCCGGAGCAGGGCGCCUAUGCCAUCGACAACUUCGAUCCCAGCCUGUGCACCCAUGUGGUGUACGCCUUCGCGGGUCUGGACAUCACCCAGGCAGCCAUCAAGUCGUUGGAUCCCUGGCAGGACUUGAAGGAGGAAUACGGCAAGGGUGGCUACGAGAAAAUGACUGGUCUGAAGCGCAGCCAUCCGCAUCUGAAGGUAAGCCUGGCGAUCGGCGGCUGGAACGAGGGAUCGGCCAACUACUCCAUCCUGGUGGCCAACAGUCUGCUGCGCGGCAGGUUCGUCAAGCAGGUGUCCAGUUUCAUACGCAAGUACAACUUCGACGGACUGGAUCUGGACUGGGAGUAUCCCACGCAGCGGGAGGGAAAGCCCGCGGAUCGCGAGAACUUCGUCCUGCUGACCAAGGAGCUGCGCGAAGAGUUCGACGAGCAUGGCUUGCUGCUAACCUCCGCUAUCGGAGCGUCCAAGAAGGUCAUAGACGAGGCCUACAAUGUGCGGCAGAUCUCGCGCUACCUGGACUACCUGCACAUCAUGUGCUACGACUACCAUGGCAGCUGGGACCACAGAGUGGGUUACAACUCUCCGCUGUCGGCGCCCGCGGAUGAUCCGCUGAGUGUGAAAUUCUCCAUUGACUACCUGCUGAAGCUGGGCGCUCCGCCGGAGAAGCUGGUGAUGGGCCUGCCCUUCUACGGACGCACCUUCAAGACAUUGGCCGGCGGAGGCCUAAACGACGCCAGUGAAGGAGUUGGCUUCAGGGGACCCUACACGCGGGAGGAUGGCUUCCUGGGCUACAACGAGAUCUGCCAGACACUGAGCAACCAGACCUCCGGAUGGACGAGGGAGUGGGAUCCGCAAACCAGCCAGGUGCUGGCCAAGUCCGAGCGGAACGUCUUCACCCAAGAGAUCCACGUGGUUACCUACGACAGCUCCCGUUCCAUCGCCAACAAGGUGCUGUUCGCCAUGUCCAAGCGGCUGGCGGGAGUGAUGGUGUGGUCCGUGGACACGGACGACUUCCUGGGAAACUGCAAGCUGGACGAGGACACGUUCGACGACUUCCAUAAGGUGACUGGGCUGCCCAAGAGAUCGAGCCAGAACUAUCCACUCCUGCGGACCAUCAACGAGGCCACCAUGCUGGCCGUGGAGGAGCUGGCGGUGCCGGAGCCGCAGCCGGAUGACUCCGAGAACGAGAUCCCGCACGGCAACAUUGCGGAUCGCAAGAAUGCCGGUGCUUCGGUGGUUAGUCUGGGACUCGGAGUCACCGCUGUCUUCACGCUUCUGCACCGGAUGGCCCAGUGAUGGAUUGGAGUGCUCCGGUAGCCAUAGUCUUAGAAACGCAUCACCUUGUUCACGUAGUCAUUAAAGUCCAAAUUGUAUUUUUAAGCUAAAA